AAAACCAGUGCGCCCUCCUGAGCCGCACCACUCUGCCCUGACCUUUGGAUCGAGACGGAGCUGCUUCUUCCGACAGUCACCAAAGCCACCAUGGACGUCCACCGAGUGUCUAGCCGCAACCCAAUGGAUUUUAACUUCGACAGCGUGGAGCCCAAACACGGGAAGACGCUGCCGUGCCAAGAGGACCGCUUCGACAGCGGCCUGGAUUCCCUGAAGGAGGACGAGCUGGUCAACGACUUUGAGGAGCUGCACAUGGACAUACGCGACGAGCGCACGCAGGAAUACGAGCCGUGGAGAUCUGCAGUGACGGACGACGGUGACUCGCUCCUCCACUUGGCCAUCAUCCAUGAAGCCACAGAACAUGCCUUCCAGAUGAUCAAAGUUUCUAACAAUCACCCCUUCCUCAAUGCACAGAACCACCAGAGACAGACUGCCCUCCACCUGGCCGUGAUCACAGAGCAGCCCCAGUUAGUAGAGCGGCUCCUGAAGGCCGGCAGUGACCCACAUCUGGCCGACGACAGCGGGAACACAGCUCUCCACGUCGCCUGCAAGAAGGGCUCCCUCGCCUGCUUCGGCGUCAUCACCCAGAACUGCCAGCGCCACAUCGCCUCCAUGGUGUCCUUCCCCAACUACAGUGGACACAACUGUCUCCACUUGGCGUCCAUUAACGGCUACAUCUCAUUGGUCGAAAGCCUCGUUCAGCUGGGUGCAGACAUCAACGCACAGGAACAGUGCAGUGGGCGGACGUCGCUCCAUCUGGCCGUAGAUCUCCAGAACCCUACGCUGGUCCUUCGCCUCCUCGAGCUCGGCGCCGACGUGAACUGCUUGAACUAUGGCGGCUUCACGCCGUACCACCUCACCUACGGACGCCAGAGCGAGGAGAUCCGCCGGCAGCUGUACGAGAAGACGGCGCAGGAGCUGAGGGAGCUGCCCGACAGCGAAUCAGAUGAGAGUGAUAUGGAGGAUCUGGAUUCAUCGGAGGAUGAGCUGUACGAUGACAUCAAGUUUGGAAAGUAAACAGAAGUCUACCGGUGGUGUGAACGACCGUGAAGCUGCUACGUGGCCCAGCCUCGGCCCCCAACGAGGGACGUCAGUCCACGUCCCCCGUCCAAGUCCACAGGUGCUGGUCCUGGGAUCAAAAGAACGUGGAGGAAGAAGGAGUCCGGUCUGGUCAAGCCCGGUCCAGAUCACAGAAGGAUCUGCACCGAACACCAUAGAACCGCAAGACACAACCUCCAUACAGUCUUAUAUACUGUAAAUAUUCAUUGUGUAUAUAACAGACAUGUAAUAUAUUGUAAAUAGAAAUUAUUUUUGUACAUGUGAAUUUAAACACUAUAAACAAAGUUGUUCUGAAUAAAAAUAAGUUUAUAAAUAUACA